AUGUUCCGUGACAGAAACCAGUUCCGUGACAGAAACCAGUUUGGUCACAAGGACCAGAACGAGAACGUGUUGACGGGACUGAGGAUAAAAGAAGGGGACAGAGACAGUGUCAGACAGAGACCUGAGUCGUCCACACAGAGGGACGACGGAGCCACACAGAGGGUCGACAGAGCCACACAGAGGGUCGACAGAGCCAAUCGGUCCGAAGGUGAAACGUCUCCUCAACACAAAGCUGCUGCACUUCAGUUCCUACCACGAUCCCGAUCGGCCGCCAGCAUGUUCAACAUAUUAUUCCUGGCUGCACUCAGUGUGCUCGCAGAUCCAACCAAAAACCACGUGUCUCAAUAUCUUCAGGCUGUCCCGGACCGCUGUGGCUACACUCUGUUCAAGUCCACAUCCAUCCCCGGCUUCGAGGUGUUGGGCGUCUUCCAGGAGAGACGCCGGAAAGACGUCAGCUUUUUGAAACGUGUGAUCCUGCAGCUGGCGGGAGCUCAAAUCUCUCUGGAACAAGGGAGUCGAGCUCUGGUCGACACCAGAGAGCUCAGACUCAACACCACAGCGACGGUGGUCCGUGGGUGGGAGCUCACCAAGGACCAGACUGGAGUGACGGCUAAGAUGUCAGCCUCCAACUUCACAGUUUCUGUCCACUUCGAUGGCUCCAUCUCUCACAUCCACUUGACAGGGCCAAAUGGACACGACGCACACGGGUUGUGUGGAAACUCCAGUCGCACUGUGAGUGACGAGAAAGACUCCACACACAGUGUCAGCGGCUGUGACACGCAGUAUAACGAGGCUGCGGACCCGACUAUCAACUGCAGCACCUCAACUGACUGGUGUAACCUCCUGAAGCAGGCUCCCUUUACUGCCUGCAACAUGCAACAUGACCCAGAACCCUUCAUUGCUGCCUGCACACAAACGCUGUGUAAAUACCCUGGAGGGGAUGGUCUCAAGUGCCAGUUCCUGGAGGCGUACGCCAGAGCCUGCAGUCUCUCCAACAUCACAGUGGAGGAAUGGAAGUCAGAGACCCAAUGCUGUAAGGCUGGCUUCUGUCAGGACACGUUCUGCAGUGAGCACGAGUUCUGUGGGCAGAAGAACCACGGGGGAACCGGCUGCGUCUGCCGGGCCAUGUUCGCCUCCAAGUACAACUCAACCGACUCCUUUGGAGAGCCAAUGGUCUGCGAGCAGAACGCUGCUAAGCUGACUAUGGCUAAAUGUCUCUUGGAGGACAAAGGCAUCGACUUCUCUGUCUUGCAUCUCAAUGACGAGGCCUGCAAAGGUGAAAUGGACAAUGAGACCCACAUGGUGACGUUUGGCUUCGACAGGAAGAAAACCUGUGGAACAGUGAUCCUGGCAAACAACAGCCAAAUCCUCUACAAGAACACCAUCGUGAACCGGAACAGCUCCAUGUACGGCGUUAUCAACCGUCAGGACUCGGUUCAUCUCGACUUCUCGUGUCUCUACGAUCAGCCGGACAUCAGGACCUUUACCUUCACACUCAAAGACAGCUCCGUCACCCAGCAGAUUACUUCUGGUAGAUGGAUUUACAAUCUCACCAUGACGGCCUACAAGGACCCUAACACCAAGGAAGCCUUGCAACAACGUACUGAAAUGCAACUGAACGGGCAGCUGUGGGUGGAGCUGAACGCGGAUGGGCUGGAUGACAAAAUGGUUGCUGUGGUGACGGACUCCUGCUGGGCGACCGACCAGCCCAGCCCGAACGGAAGCCUGAGAUAUGACCUCAUCAUCAAAGGCUGCCCUAACCCUGCUGACUCCACGGUGAAGGUGAAGAACAACGGACAGGGAACAUCCAACCGUUUCUCCUUCAACACGUUCCAGUUCUCUGGCCAGGAUGGUGAGGUCUUCUUGCACUGCAGAGUGAAGCUGUGUGUCAAGAAGGGUAACAACUGCAUUCCGACAUGUGGCCCGGGUGCGAGAAGACGCAGGUCCAUCAUCUCAAAGUAUGAGGAUGAAAACCCUGCCUUCAUCAAACUGGCCUGGACCUAUUGA